UGUGGCCGCUUGCAGAGGUCGUUAGGGGAAGCAUGUUCAGGUGUGGCAGCCUGUCACACAGCUGAGCAGCAGUUUUUAUCAAACCAGGAGGAAGUGAGUUUCUGUACUGAAUGGGCUGCAGCUUCAUACAGGGCUUUUUUCUGAAGUAAAAUGAUAAAUCAAAGUUGAAUUCUUAGUGGAGUUUCAGUAACAAACAUGUUUUCUUGAGUCAUCUGUUCAGUGUGUAUCCUUAGUUUUAUUUUUGUGUUGUAUGAGAGUAGGAUCUCCCUACGUGUGUUUUAUGCCUCGAGUUGGUUUUUAGUGCUGCAGGAUUGCUAGAAAGCAUAGCUAUGAAGGAGGAAAUCGCUGCUGCUGUGUUCUUCAUGGCUCGGCUGGUGAAGAGGUAUGGCUGCCUGGGUAACGAAAGCAGGGAACGUUUUGCUGCCGCUCUGACUUCCGUUCUGUUUGAGAGCUACAAGAACCACUGGCAUCCCAGUGCACCCAGCAAGGGACAGGCCUACAGGUGUCUACGGAUGAACCGUGUCCGGCUGCAAGAUCCGGUUCUACAACAGGCUUGUGAGCGGAGUGGGGUACGCUACGAGGAUCUGGGCUUGCCUCAAGAACUGACAGUGUGGGUCGAUCCCGGGGAAGUGUCUUGCAGGUAUGGUGAACAAAGCACUCCAUUCUGUGUCUCAGCCGUGGACAGCUACCGUAGAGGAGACGGAGAAUUUUCGCGCCGUAUCCACGAUGCUGUGGAGCGGGCGAGCCUUGACGUACGAUCAGGUAGCUCCUCUGAUGAAGAUGAGGGAGGUGGAGACAAGAGCGUAAGCAGCAACAACAGCUUAUCGGCUUCCUGCCCUGCUGCAGCUCCUCCCCCAACCCUGGAAGCAAAAACCAUCCCAACUGUCAGCAAUCCCAACAGUGUGUACCGGUUCAGUGAGUUUUCUCCAGGUGCUCCUCAGACAUGGCUGAGAGAGAAGAGGAGAGGCUUCUCUGGAGAUGCCUUCCAGUCAUCUGCUGGAGGUGCACCAUCCCAGUUCUCUGGCCAGAAAGGCUUCAAAUCCUACCGAGCCACAUUCACCUUCACUGGACCUCGCGUUGACAAGUACCACUGGGUCAACAAGUCCCGGUCUUAAUGUAAGCCAGGCCUCGAACCAGAACGGCAGCUGAAUUACAGACUGCAGUUUAUCUGAAGCAUGAGUUUAUUAUUUGUAUGUGAUUUAAAGUAAUGCUGUUUAAGUGUGUUUUUAAUGUAUUCAUGAAAUUUUAAAUACGUUUCUACAUGUUUUUAACUGAAAAUAAAGCAAGUGUGAAUAAAGUAAGAUUGAACUGUCAUUGAAAAGAAAUAAAUAUGUCAGCUCCA